CUUUCCAUCCUCACAAAUAAACCAUGACAGCCAUGCGCAUCGAUGCCAAGGUGGUCAUGCUGGGGAAGGAGAGCGUGGGUAAAACCAGCCUGGUGGAGAGAUAUGUUCACCAUCGCUUUCUCGUUGGACCGUAUCAAAACACCAUCGGAGCUGCGUUCGUUGCCAAGUCCAUUAGCGUCGGUGACAAAGUGAUUACUCUGGGAAUAUGGGAUACAGCUGGAUCCGAGCGGUACGAGGCCAUGAGCAGGAUUUACUACAGAGGAGCUCGAGCUGCCAUCGUGUGUUACGACUUAACGGACAACGGCAGCUUCCAGAGAGCCAGGUUCUGGGUAAAGGAGUUACAGACAUUCGAAGAGCACUGUAAGAUCUAUUUGUGCGGCACCAAGAACGACCUGGUCGAAGGCGACCGGAGCGCACGGCAAGUCGACUACCACGACGUGCAGGACUUUGUGGAAGAAAUAGGAGCGCAGCAUUUCGAGACUUCUAGCAAAACAGGAAACAACGUCGAUGCACUCUUCACGAAAGUAGCAGAGGAUUUCAGUAACUCGGCUUUUGAGCUUCUGUCAGCAGAGGAGAAAGGCGUGAACCUGGACCAAAAGAAGAACUCGUAUCUCUACUCCUGCUGUCAUCACUGACCGGACGCGAGGAUGUCUCCUGCACCCCCCCCCCCCUUAUUUUAUUUAAAAAAUAAUAAAGAGACUGCUUUAUCCCCCUCCGCCCCGUUCCGUCGUCGGACGAAGUACGACUCGCGGAUUUCCACGAGACUCCUCGAUAAUAACGACAGACUCUUUACGGCGCCGUAAACGGGGAAGAAAUGAGAAGCGGAACCCGCACUGCAUGGAAGUGGCUAAUACUCCGGUUCCUGAAUUAUUUUUUUUUUCUCUCCACACGCAGUGUGACAGCAGUGAGGGUUGUGUUUGAUGUUUACUGUACACUCACUGCCAUGCAUACAUACAUGCAUACAUACACUCACUGUUUCGCUAUUUAUUUGCAGCACUAAGCUAAAUCGUCGUCGUCGCUUUUUUUUUUCUUCUUCUUCUUUCCCCUCCCCCCGCUGACAUAACUGAGACCAGUUUUCUGUUGACAUUGUAGUAACAUUAAGGUCAAGGUGUGGGUUGUGGAGCUGGUUCUGGAUGAGCGAGGCGGUGUUUAAUUUCUUACAGAUUGUCUACAGGAAGUAGAAGAAAAGGCAGAGAGAUUAAACCGAAGGAAAAAAAAAGGAAAGGGGGAAAAAGAAAAAACCCUGUCUAAAGUGUUUGAGAGUCCUGUUUUAUGGGUGUUUAUGUACCUUCCUCCUUUUGAAUGUUGUUUUUUUUUUUUUCCUUUGUAUUUUGAAAUGUCUGGAAACUUCUCUGACCUUUGGCCUUUUUCGUUCGUCCGAAGCGGAUCUGCGUCGAACGUCGCGAGUGAUGUUCGUGUUUACAUCGCAAACUAGGAAUUCUGUCUCAGACAAUGUGAAGAAGAGAAAAAAAAAAGAAAGAAGAAAAGCAUCUCAUUUGUGUUUGAGAGAUUUUCAACUUACUAUUGUGCCUGUAUAGAAUACACACACACACACACACACACACACACACUGCACUGAUGGAAAAAGUGUUCAUGCCAUGAGUUUGUUCUCAUGAUCCAGUGUUGUGAACCAACCCGAAUCAUGCACUCGACAUAAUAAUAAUAAUAAUAAUAAAAAAAAUAAUAAGUGUUCACCGAUCUCACUGCUGGGGCUCUCUCUCGCUGGGGCUCUCUCUCUCUCUCUCUCUCUCUCUCUCUAUAUAUAUAUAUAUAUAUACAUACAUACAAACGCGACGUUCUCCGAGACGUACGAAAGGCAUGACCCAAUCGUGAUCCAAUCCACAGGAAGACGACUAAUCUCCGGUAAUGAAGCACGAGAACAUGCGUGAGAGGUGUGUCAAUCAGACUGUGAAUGGAACUCAUAACUCAUUGUGAGCAGCAGAUUAAUAAAAAAAAAAAAAAAACACCAUUUAUCAGUUAGAACAUGAAACUUUCUGUACUUCUGUCAUUUAUUAUGUACAAAGCGCUACAGGACAAUUAAACGCUCUCACAGGGCAGCAUUGUAUAUAUUUUUUUUCUUUCUUUCUUUCAUCCGAUACAGCAAGAGGAAGCGGAGCAAAGCAGCAGGAUGGCAGAGUGUCCAAAAAAAAAAUAACCAUUAUAACAGCAAGCUGUCGUUUUACACAGGAGUACAG